AUGGCCGAGGUUGACUUUAAGCAAGCAAAUGAAAGAUAUGCUGCCAACUUUGGCGACAACGGCAAAUUAAGUAUUCCACCAUCCAAGCACCUCGUUGUCGUGACGUGUAUGGAUGCUCGCCUUAAGCCUGAGGAGCUCCUCGGCCUGAAUCUUGGAGAAGCACACAUUAUUCGGAAUGCUGGCGGUCUCGCCAAGGAAUCUCUUCGCUCCAUCAUCAUUUCACAAAGACUCCUCGGAACUAAGGAUGUGCUUGUCAUUCACCAUUCCGAUUGUGGAAUGCUCACUUUUACCGAUGAGCAACUUCGAUCCAAGAUCACCAACGCACAUUCUGGAAAUGCCACUGUGUCCGAGGCAGUAAACGACCUGCAGUUUGGACCCUUCCCUGAUAUAGAUAGCAGUGUGAAAGACGACGUCGCAUUCUUGAAGAAUCAUCCCCUUGUCUUGAAAGAAGGAAGUAUCACUGGAUGGGUGUACGAGGUUGAGACAGGAAAGAUUAGAGAAGUCGUGUGA